AUUCCAACCUUUCUUUAAACUUUAAACAAUGCAACCAAACUCAACUUAGAGAUUCUUGUUUGUUUACUUGUUUUCCUUUAUGUUUUUAUUUUUCUUCUUAAUUGGUGAUGAAUAGAUAAACUUACCAUCUUCCUACCUUCAACCAACCAUAAUCAACCUGUUAAGCUCUAGAUUGUCUCUACUUCUCUUCUAAAUUUUUUUUGCCCCCUUUUGUUUGAAUGAUGGAAUCUUUAUCUCUACCUUCCAUCCCCGUUGCACCUAAAACUUCAAGAUUGUCGCAAGUGCAAAGCAGGUGCCUUUCGACCAAAAGAAAUGGCAUGAUAUUUUGUCAAAGUGGUAAAAAUGUGGUCAAGACUAGUAAGGUGUCUUCUGUUUUUACAGUGAGCCCGGAUAAUGGUUCGGCUCUCUUGGAUGUCGCGGGGAGCUUGGUGCUGAAUCCGAAUGGGAACGGGCAGACUGAGAUUGUAAACAAGGAUUUGAUGCCUUAUAAUGGAGCUCUUUUGGAUGUGCAUGACAAGGGUAUUGGCAUUGUCAAGUAUCUUCAAGGAAAAGGGUUUUUAAUAACUGGUGCAACUGGAUUCUUGGCUAAAGUUCUUAUAGAAAAGAUACUACGGACCGUUCCUGAUGUGGGUAAAAUUUACCUCUUGAUCAAGGCAAAGAACAAGGAAGCAGCAAAUGAAAGAAUGAAAAAUGAAAUUAUCAAUACUGAACUUUUCAGGUGUCUCCAGCAAAAACAUGGAAAAUCCUAUCAAGCUUUCAUGUUGAGCAAGCUGGUCCCUGUUGUUGGGAAUGUUUGUGAAUCUAAUCUAGGUUUAGAUGAUGAUACUGCAACCGCGAUCAUGCAUGAUGUUAACAUAAUUGUAAACUCUGCAGCUAAUACCACUUUUGAUGAAAGAUACGACGUUUCUCUUGACAUAAACACGGGAGGACCUAGUCGUGCUAUGCUUUUUGCUAAGAAGUGCAAGAAGCUGAAACUCUUCCUGCAGAUCUCAACAGCUUAUGUUAAUGGACAGAGACAAGGAAGAGUCAUGGAAAAGCCGUUCAGUUUUGGCGAUAGCAUAGCAAGGGAGAGGAUGACAUUUGGCACAACAGAAACAUCCAGUUUCCCCAUGCUGAGUGUUCAAGAUGAAAUAAAGUUAGUUUUAGACAGGAAACAAGGAUUAGAAGGCAAUGCAUUGGCUCAGAACAUGAAAGAACUGGGAUCAGAGAGAGCAAAGAAGUAUGGGUGGCAAGAUACCUAUGUAUUUUCCAAGGCCAUGGGGGAAAUGUUGAUUGAUAAUAUGAGAGGAGAUGUACCUGUAGUCAUAAUCCGACCCAGCGUCAUUGAGAGUACUUACAAAGAACCAUUCCCUGGUUGGAUGGAAGGAAAUAGGAUGAUGGAUCCAAUUGUGUUGUACUAUGGGAAAGGGCAGCUUACUGGAUUUCUAGUAGACCCCAAUGGAGUACUCGACGUUGUUCCAGCAGACAUGGUUGUGAAUGCAACCUUGGCAGCCAUUGCAAAACACGGGGCAGCAGGAAAAUCAGAAAGCAACAUAUACCAGAUAGCUUCAUCUGUUGUAAAUCCAUUAGUUUUCAGGGACUUGGCUAACUUGCUCUACGAACACUUCAAUUCUCUGCCAUGUGUCGAUGCCAAGGGGAGGCCAAUACGCGUUCCAACCAUGAAAGUCUUCAACACUAUGGAGGACUUCUCCUUUCAUCUGUGGAAGGACACGAUUCGUAGAACUGGAUUGGCAGACUUGCCUAAUCCUAAUGGAAAAUAUUCACGAAAAUUGGAAUAUAUUUGCAGAAAAUCAGUUGAACAGGCAAAGUACUUGGCAAACAUAUAUGCUCCAUACACAUUCUACGGUGGAAGGUUUGAUAAUAGCAACACGGAGAGAUUGAUGCGUUGCAUGUCUGAAGAAGAAAAGAGGACAUUCGGGUUCGAUGUAGGGAGCAUCAACUGGAGAGAUUACAUAACUAAUGUGCAUAUUCCAGGGCUGAGAAGGCAUGUAAUGAAGGGAAGAGGAAUGUUAAGCUAAACAUAUGUAUUAUGUCAUCCUAGUGUGUUUCAGUUUAUGUCUCUGUCACAGGGAUGCUAUGUUGAUCCAUAAACCUUAUUGUAAUAAAUUUGUGUUUAUUAUUCUUCUUUUCCUAGUA